CACUUCUUCCCCCCUCCCUUCCGAAGGGUUCCCAAAGGCGGGGCUAAACCCGGAAGAGGCAGAGCCAGGUUUUUGGAGAAGCAGAAGAAGCGAGAAAGGGGUUGGGGGGCAGAAAGAAGGAGGAGGAGCCGGCGCUGGAAACCACGCAGCCCACAGACUUGCUGAGACUGCAGAGUGCCUGAUUCCCUGGAGAACGCUGAGCUAGGCAAAGCGGCCCCGUCGCCUGCCAUGCCCUGGAAUCGCUGACCCCCAGGGUGUCCCGCCUCUCUCAUGGAUACAAAGAGCCUCCAAAAAGCCAAGAGGCGCAAACGGAGCGGCAUAAGAACCAGGAGCCAGUCUCUUUUCCCCGAGUAGGAGGCCUGGUUGCUGUCCAGCUAGGAUCAAGGGAACGUGUGUGGUUUUUACCAGCCUCUUUGUUGCGCAAGGAACCGCUGUUACAUUUCCCCUCUCCAGUCUCCCAGCGCCAUUGCAAGGAGCCUUUCCACUCAGCGUGUUGAUCCUGCGGUGCAUUGAGACGCUUUCCUGGAUUCCUCUCUGUUGCCUUCUCCUUCUGGCGCCAUGUCGGGAAGCACCGGGCCCUUCCUGGUGUGGGCCCAGGAAGUGGCCGCGCUGCUGAUGCUCCGGGUGCGCCGGACCGUCCUGCAGACGGCCAUUUUGCUCUGCGUCCUGCUGCUUCUCCUGUGGAUCUCAGUCUUCCUUUAUGGCAGCUUCUACUACUCCUACAUGCCUACGGUCAGCUACGUCAGCCCUGUACACUACCAGUUCAGGACAGACUGCAGCCAGCCUGGACCAGACCUGUGCUCCUUUCCAAUUGCCAAUAUUUCUUUCAUCAAGGAUAGCCGUGACCAGGUCCUCAUGUACGGCCAGCCAUAUCGCAUCUCACUGGAACUGGAGCUCCCUGAAUCGCCGGUCAACCAGGACCUGGGGAUGUUCAUGGUGUCCAUUUCCUGUUACACCAAAGGCGGCCGCAUCAUCUCCUCCUCGGCCAGAGCUGCCAUGCUGCACUACCGCUCAAGCCUGCUGCAGAUCCUCGACACCCUGGCCUUUGCCAGCUUCUUCUUGGCCGGUUUUACAGAGCAGAAGCAGACGGUGGAGGUCGAGCUGUACUCGGACUACAAGGAAGACUUGUACACGCCAACCAUCGGUGCUGUGAUAGAAAUUCAGACCACCAAGAUCCAGAUAUACGGGGCCCACCUGCGGAUCCACGCCCAUUUCACUGGACUGCGAUAUCUGCUCUACAAUUUCCCGGUGACGUCGGCCAUCUUGGGGAUUGCCAGCAACUUUUCCUUCCUGAGCGUCAUCGUCCUCUUCAGCUACCUGCAGUGGAUCUGGGGCAGCAUGUGGCCCAGGGAGCCUCUCUCCAUGCAGGUGCCUGGCCGGGAAAGACUCGGAGCUCUUCAGCAUACAGAAGAUGGACCCCGGCGGGUUGUGGCCCCUAAAGAAGGCUCCGAGGAAGGCGAAGGGAUUUCCCCACCACAGACGGAAGAUGUGGGGGCUGUGGAAGAAGGGGGGCUCUCCAGAGCAGUGGCUGCAAUACAGGCCGAGAACAUCAGCCUCUUUGGAAAACCAGCUUCUGGAGCAGAAUCCGGCCCGGGUGAGGGAGCGAACGAAGAGGCAGAAUUUGAGUCGGUGGACGAUUCCUCGCUGCUUUCUGAGGCCAACUUCCCAUCCCGUUCCCUGGAGACGGAUCCCUCCGGCCUGCUCCUCCCAGCGCCCAGGGCCCUCACGCCCGGCUCCGAGAUCCGUCAGAGAAGUAUCUGCUCCAGUUCCUGAAGGAGCUGGGGUGCGAUUGCACCGGCCACUCCUGGGCACUCCUCAUCGCCUCUGUCCACUGCAGGCCUUGCUCUUCUAAGGGAAACGUCAGUUCCAGGCUUGUGUUUACAUUCCAGCUCCUAUUUCUCCCCCCUCCCCACACCCGCCGCACCCGGAGACACUGUAACUUAAAUAAAAGUUUACCUGCUAACAAAGAA